AUGGAAGAAAUGAAGAAAAGUGAAAGCAAAACUGGACAAAGCAGUAAAGUGACUUUAGAGACUAUGAAUAAAGUGCAAAAUGAACAUGAUAGAGUUUUAAAUGUGCACGAAUCCGCAGGGCAUGAUAGUAAAAGUAAACAUAGUCAAGAAAUUGAAUCACAAUCAAACAAUUUGACAAAAUCUGCUUUAAGAGUUGAUAAAUACACAGUGCAAAGUGAUGAAAGUAAAUCAAGUCAACACAUAGCUUCUGACUCAAAUACGAUAUCAGAAAACCAAUUUGAUGAAAUUAAUGAAAGAAAAAAAAGUGGCUCAAAAGAUAAAAUCAAAAACGAGCAGAAAGGUGAAAUAUGUGCAAAAGUAUUUUACCGUUCUUUGAAAAAGAUAGUGCAAGGAACUAAAAAACAUGAAAACAUAAACAAGGACAAGACAGAUAAUUUAAGGAAUGAAGAAAAUUUAAAAACAGGAGUUAAAGAAAAUGCAGGUGAAAAAUCAGCGGGUAACGUUACUAAAAUAGGUCAGGACGAUAUUCCGGACAACGUAAAAAAGAAGGUUAAAAAAUAUGGAGUCCCAGAAAAAGUUCAAGAAAGAAAUAUAAAAUACUUGGAUGACGAGAAACUUGAAGAUAAAGAAAAGAAUGAACAAAUUAAAUACGUUACAGAAAAAGUUCAGCAUUUUAAAAUUACUGAUGUUGAAGACACAGAAGAAAUGCUCGAUACAGCUAGAGUUCAUGAAAUUAUCAAACGAGAGGAAGAGAAUGCAGAUGGGCUUAAAGAGCUUAAAGGAGAUGAAAAAUUUGAAGAAUUUGACAAAUCUUUUCAGCAAGACGAUGUCACUGAAGAAAUACUUGGUAAAGUUGAUGAUGAAUUUGAGAAAGUUCAAAAAAAUCGCAAUUGGGUUAAAGAAGUGGACGAAAGCGUUGAAAAAAGUAAAGACAUAAAUGUACUAGGGGAAAAAUUUAAAGACUAUGAGAAAAAAGAUAAGCAAGUGAAAGUUCCUGAAGAAAAACUUAGUAAAAUUAAUGUUCUUGAAGAAUUUGAACAAGGUCAAGCAAAAUUAAAUGGGUUGAAAGCUGAAGAAAAAAUUACACAAGAUAAAGACAAAAUCCCACCUGUGGAAGAAAUCAAACAAUUUGGAGAAAAACUAAUAAGGGUUAGAGAAGUUCAAGAAAGUCUUGAACAAGUAAAAGACCAAAUUGAAACAGUGAAUCAAAUCAAAAAAUUUGAAGACAAUGAUCAACGAGUCAAAGUCGAUGGAAAAAUAUUUGAUGAUGUAGUUCAUGUUCAUGAAAAUGAUGAACAAGUGCAAGAAAAACUAGAUGGUGUUCAAGAAAUUGAAGAAAGCGUUGAACAAGUUAAAGACAAAAGUGAACAUUUGGAUCAGAUCAAAGAAUUUGGGGAAAAAGAUCAGCACGUUGAAGUUUCUGAACAAAAACUUGAUAUGGUUAAAGUUCAUGACGAAUUUUAUAAGAUUCAAGUAAAAAUAGAUGAAGCUAAAGAAGUUGAAGAAGAAUUGAAACAAAUAAAAUCAUUAAAAGAAACCAAAAAAUUUCAAGAAAAAGUUCAGCAAGUCAAAGACGCCGACAAAAUAAUAGAAAAAGUGCAUGAGGAAAUUAAAGAAGUUGAAGUAAAACAAGACGGUGAUAAAGAUGAGAAAAGUGUUGAACAAGUUAAAGUCAAAAAUGAACUUUUAAACAAAGAAUUUGAGAAAAAAGAUCAUGACGUUGAAGUUGCUGAUGAAAAACUUAAUAUAGUUAAAGUUCAUGACAAAUUUGAACAGCUUCAAGUAAAACUAGAUGAAGCUAAAGAAGUUAAAGAAAAAGUAAAACAAGGCAAAUCAGUUGAAGAAACCAAAGAAUUUAAGGAAAAAGUUCAGAAACUCAAAGACGCUGACAAAAUAAUUGAAAAAGUGCAUGACGAAUUUAAAGAAGUUGAAGAAAGACACAAAAAAGCAACACAAUUUAAAGAUAGAUUUAAAAAACCAGUGGAACAAAUCAAAGAAUAUGAGGAAAAAGUUAUUGAUAAAUUUAAUCAAGUUACUGAAACACUAGAUGAUGUUAAAGAAGUUGAAAAAAGAUAUGAACCCGUCAAAGACAUCAUUAAACCGUUAGAACGACUCAAUGAAAUUGUAAAAAAUGCAGAGAAAGUAAAAAAAGCUGAGGAAAUAUAUGAUCAAGCUGAAUUACAUGAAAAAAUUGAACAAGUUCUAAAAAAACUAGAUGGCGUUAAAGUAGAUGAUAAAGAUAAAUACAGAGUUGAAGAAAGAGUUCUUGACAAUGAAGAAAAAGUUCCAGAAAAACUUAAUAAAGGUGAAGAUAAUGUAGUUGACCAACUUAAGGAACAAGAGAGGCUUGAAGUCAAAGCAGAAACCAGUGAAGUUUUACUUGACCAAAAAGUUAAAGAAAUGGUUGAAGCAAUAGUAAAAAAAAGAGUCGAAGAAAAAAUCCAAGAAAAAGUAGCGGAAGUUAGGGAAGAAGUUGAAGAAAGAGUGAAAGAAAUGGUUCAAAAAAUAAUAGUAAAAGAAGUUGAAGAGAAAGAUAAUAGAAAAUAUGGUUUAAAAAAAAAGAAUCAAAUAUUGAUUUUUUUAAAGAACGCGAAGGAAAAGAUGAAAAAAACAAGAAAACUUGUUCACCAAACAGUUGGUCUGAAGAAUAUGUCAAAAGAUACCUUUAGUGAUACAGAAAAUCAUGAAAAAAAAGGCGCAAAGUUCCUUUGUUUUAUUCGGAAAGUCAUAGAAAAUACAAAAAAAUCAAAGGAAACAAUAAAGAAAAAAAUGGGUAUAAAGCAAGAACUUUGUGAUAAAGUUAAAGAUGAAGAAUUAAAAGAAUAUGGGAAAAUACUUAAACAAGAAUUUCAAGAAAAAUAUGUUAGACAAAAAAAAGGAUUUGAAGAAAAAGAAGAUUUUACAGAACAUAAAGAAUCACAAGAAGUUAGAGUCAAAGAUGUUAAUGUUGAAAAUUCCGAAAAAAUAAUUGAUGGAAGUGAGGAAAAAAUUGUUACCGAAAAAGAAGAUAACGUAGCGAAAACAGGUAAAAGAAUUGACGAAAUUAAAGUAAAAGUAAAACAAUUUGAAUACCAAGUUGAUGACAGAGAUGAAAAACUUAAAGAAGAAGUUGAUACCGAAGAUAAUGUAAAGGACGAAGUAAAACUUAAACAAGAGGGUUUUAAAUGUGCAAAUAAAUUUCUUUCUAACUUUAAGAUGUUUAUAGAGAAAACUAAAAGAACAAAGAAAGUAAUGAGAGAAAAACUUGGUAUGAAAUAUGAUAAAGUCGGAGACGAACAAGCUCUAAAUGGAGAAUAUAAAGAAAGGGAUUAUGUUAAUGUCACAGAUGUUGAGAAUAUUAAAAUAAAGGAUACUGAUGAGGUGAAAGUUCAAGAAGGUCGUGUUGAAGAAAGAGGUAAACUAGUUCAAGACAUAAAAGAAAAAGCAAAAAAACUUGAACACCAAGUUGAAGGCAAAGAUGAAAAGCUUCAACAAGAAGUUGAUACAAAACGUAGUUUGAAGAACCAAUUAAAACAUAAACUAAAGGGUGUUAUGUUUAGAAAUAAAUUGCUUUCUUCCUUUCAGAGAGUCAUGGAAAAAACUAAACAAAUAAAGAAAAAAACUGAGGAAAAAUCUGGCAUAGAAUUUGUUAAUAUAAAAGAUGAAAAGGGAGAAAACAUAUCAAAUGUCAAAAUAAAAGUUGCCGGUGAAAACGACGAAGAAGAUGAAGAGAAUAUGAAAACGAAAGAAGCUAAUAAAAAAUAUGACGAAAUGUCAGAAAUAGUAAAAAAAAAAGUUCAAGAAGAACUAAAGGGAAAAGUGAAAGAAGUUAAGUUAGAGUUUGAGGAUAAAGUAAAGGAAAUGGUUGAAAAAAUAGUUAAAAAACAAGUUGAAGAAAAUCUUAACAAAGUAUGUAAGGAAUCAGGUAAGAAGAAAGCUCAAGGGAUAGUAAAAAAUGAAGAAGUUGAAAAAAUUGUUAAGGGAAUAAUGAAAAGGGUUGAAAAAAAAGUUGUGGAGAAAAAUGAAGAUGCUAUACUAGUUAAUCAUAGAGAAUUCCUGGAAAAAGGAAAACAGAUAGUUGUGAACGAACAUACUUAUAAAGAACUUGUUAAAGGAAGCGUAAGAGAACCAAAUGAGGAAAAAGUUGAAGAAAUAAUUAAGGAAGUGCACGGAAAAGUUGAGGAAAAGCGUAAAGAGUGUUAUGAUAUAGUUAAUAAAAUUAAAGAUGAAGUUUUUCAACGCUUUCUACAAAGUAUGGAAAAAGUUAAAGGAAAGGGAGAAAAAUCUUACGAAAAAGUUAAAGGAAUUGAACAAAAACAUACAGAAAAAGUUGAAAAAAUAGUUGAAGAAGUCAAAGACGAUCUUUUACAAAGGUUUCUUCAGAGUAUUGAAAAAGUUCAAGUAAAACCUAAAAACUCUGAAGUGGUGCAAAUAAAAGAAGAUUUGAGAAAAGAUGAAAAACUCGCUAAACAAGUUGAAGCGGAAGGUUUUCAACGAUUGCUACAAGGUUUUGAUAAAGUCAAAGCAGAGUUUGAAGAAAAAAUUAAAGAAGGAAGUGAAAAUAAAGAAUUUCUUGAAGUUCGUGGAAAACCUUCCGGUCAUUUCGAAGAGGAAUUCGAAGAUAAAUAUAAAGCAAAAGUUGCAGAAAAAACUAAAGUUGAAAUCGAGAAUGUAGGAGAAUCCGUUAAAGGAGUUGAUCAUAAGAGAGAAGUUAAAAAAAUCGUUGAAGAAGUUUUUCAACGCUUUCUACAAGGUUUUGAAGAACGUAAGGCUGGAGGUAAAGAAAUUGAAGGAGAAGUGAAAGAAUUUCAAAUAAGGGGAGAAAGACCUCGUCAUGAAAUUAAAGGUGAAGUUGAAAAUAAAUUCAAAAUAGCUAAAGAAACUCAACCAGAUUAUACGACAAAAGCUGAAGAAAUCGUAACAAAAGUUAAAGAUGAAGUUUUUGAACGAUUUCUUCAGACUGUUGAAGAAGAAGAUAAAGUGGUUAAGGAAGUUGGACAUAAAGAUGAGGCAAAAACUUGGAAGAGAAAAUUAAACAAGGAAAUAAAGGUAAUGCAUCUAGAAAAGUUAAAAGGAGAAAGAAAACGCAAAGAUGUAGAAUUAAAACGAAUUAAGGAAAAUGCUAAAGACAAAGCAGAAGAUGAAGGGGAAAUCAAGGAAUACAUGGUUGAAGAAGUUAAAGACGAGAUAUUUCAAAGAUUUCUUCAAACUGUUGAAGAAGUGGAAACAGGAGUUGAAAAAAUGCUUAAAGAAGAAAGAGACAUUGAAGAAUUAGCAAAUGGUCAAGUAAAAUCUUACAAUAAUAAUGAUAGCGAAAUUAAAGAAGAAGUAGGAGAGCUUAGAGAAAAAUACAAAGAAGAAGCCAAAUCAUUGGAGGGGGAAAUCAAGGAAGUCAAAGAAUUAAUAAAGGAAGUUAAAGACGAUGUAUUCCAACGAUUUAUACAAAGUAAUGAAAUCGUUAAAGUAAUUAAAGACGAGAUUCUCCAAAGAUUUUUACAAGUUCUCAAAAACGAUGAAGCAGGAGUGGGGAAGAAGGUUAACGAAGGUAACGUUGAAAAAUUAGAAGAAUUGAAGGAAAAAUUGUACGAAAUAGUUAGUAGAGAUACUGAUGAAGCCAAUGGAGAACACAGAGAAAAAGUUAAACGAAUUGAGGCAAAACAAAAUGAAAUACAAGAAAUUGUUAACGAAGUUAAGGAUGAGGUAUUGCAACGACUUAUACACAGUGAAGAAAAAUUAGAAAAACGAAUAGCAAGUAAAGUAGCAGAAUUUACAGAAGUUAAAGAAAACGAUAAAGUUAAAGAAAAGCCAAAAGGCGAAAUGAAGGAAAUAACAGAAAUCGUAACAGAAUUAAAAAAAGAGGUUUUUAAAAGAUUUGUUCAAAGUGUAGAAAACAUUGAAGCAGAAGUUAAAGAAAAGGUUGGAGAGGUAAGGGAAGAGACAGUCAAAAAAUUAGAAGACUUUCAAAAACCUUACCGUAUACAUAGUAGAGAAAUUGAAGUAGAAGGAGAGUUAUCAGAGUUGGGAGAAAAAUACAACAAAGAAGUUAAGGAAGAAUCGGAGUGGAAAAUCAAGGAAGCCAUGGUUCAAGAAGUCAAAGACAAGGUCUUUCAAAGAUUUAUCCAAAGUCUUGAAAGAGUUGAAACAGGAGUUGAAAAACCUGAGGAUAAUCUGGAAGGAGAAUUAGGAGAGAAAAACGAUGGAAAAGUUAAAGAAAGGGAAAUUAAGGAAGUUAACGAAAUAGUUAGUAAAGUUAAAGACGAUAUGUUUUUACGAUUUAUACAGAGUGUAGAAGAUUAUGAAAAAAAGAAAAGUGAAAUUAGAGAAUUUAAAAAAGUUCAAGAAAAACCUUACGAUGCCGUUAGUAAAGGAAUACAAGAGGUAAAAGGAAAAUUAGGAGAGAAACAUAAAGAGGGACCUGAAGGAAAAAUCAAGGAAGUGCAGGAAAUCGUAAAUGAAGUUUUUCAAAGGUUUUUGCUGGGCAAAGUUAUAGAUAUAGCAGAAUUUGAGCGAAAUAUAAACGAAAACAGAGAAGGUAAAGAUGAAGAAUUGGAUGAAGUUCUAGAUAGUCCUUACGUUAAAGUUGGUAGAGAAAUUCAAAAAGUGAAAGAAGAAUCGGGAGAAAAAUUAAAAAAACAAGAUGAGGAAACUAAGGAAGUUAAAGAUAUAGUAAAAGAAGUUAAAGACGAAGUAUUUGAAAGAUUUCUACAAAGUGUAAAAAAAUUUAAACGAGAAAGAGAAGGUAAGGAUAAGGAAUUAAAAGAAGUUCAAGAAAAAACUCAUGAUAAAGUUAAAGAAGGAUAUGAGGAAUUUAAAGGUGAAUUUGCCGAUAAACUAAAUGAGACCGUAAAAUACAAACUUGAACAGGAAAUGCAGAAACUAAAAAAAAGCAUUGAAGAAGUUGAUCGUGAAUAUAAGAUAAAAGUUGAAGAAUUAGAAAAAGAACUUGAUGACGAGAUAUUUCAGCAAUUUCUACGAAGUGUUAAACUUUUUCAAGAAAAUCCUGAUGAGAAAGGUACUAAUCAACUAGAUAAAGUUAAACGUGAAGUUAAACUCAAGGAAAAAACAUUAAAAGUGAAUAACAUAACAAAGAAAAGAGUCGGUUUACAUGAUGAAGUAGCACAUACAAAGUUAAUUGACCACGAUGUUAACAAAAAAUACUUAGAAGUGGAAGUUAAAGAUGAAUGGAAAGAUAAAGGCCAACAAGAACGAGUAGAAGGGGAACUAGAAGGAGAAAUAUUUAAACAUAGAGUUGAAAAAUUUAUUGAAAUAGAUUUAAGGAACAAUUUGGAAACGAAAGAAAUAUCUGAAGGAGAAGCAGUUCAGGAGGAAAAAGAACUUUAUGACAUUAACUCAGAAACAGCUAAAGGAAAAAAAGCAGCAGUCGAAGGAAAAGUAGUGGAAGGUACAGCAGAUAAAGAAAAAUAUAAGGAGGAAGACCCGGUUGAAAAAAACUUUCAAUUAAAUAAAGCUGUUUUUAAAGAAAAAGGUGUUGAUAAUAAAGGGAACAGUGAUAGAGAAAGCGUCAAAAGUGAAGAUAAAUUGGACACGGGAGUAAACAAAACAGUUAAAGAGAAAGUUGAAGGUCCAAGUGCAGAAGAUGGAAAAAGAGUUGAAGGAAAUGUUGAACUUAGAGUAAUUGCAGAGGUUAAAGAAGCAAAUGUUGCAGAGUUGAAUGAAACAAUUGGGCAAAAAUUAGAACAUGUUAAAAGAGUUACAGAAGCUGAUGAUGAUGGAAAAGUUGAAGCGAAAAAAGAAAAAAAGGGAGAUAUAAAACAAAAAGGAUCGAAAUGUGCAAAUCAUUUUAUCAAUAAAAUCCAGUAUACCGCAAAAAGAGCUAUCGAUGCAAUCAAGAUUAAAUUUGGAAUGAAAGACUUUAUUAAACUCAAAGAAAAAAAGGCAGAGGGUGAAAAAGAUCAUCCAGAAACGGUUAAUGAAUUUGAAGCAAAACAUCAUGUAAGAGGUGAUUUAAAGAAAAAAGGUUUGAAAUGUGCGAAAAAAGUUUUUGUUAUUUUGAAGAAAAUCAAGGAGGAAACUAAAAAUACAAAGGAUUUAGUUAAGAAAAAAGUUGGUUUACAUGAUGUAGUUAAGGUUGAAGAAAUUGAUAUAACAUUAGGUGAGCAAUCAGAAAAAAGAGCUAUUUUAGGAAAAGUGAAAAUCGAAGAAAAUCAGAGAAAUGUUGAAGAAAAAGAUAAUAUAUUAAUAUUUAAAGGAGAAAAAGGUGUGGAGAUUAAGGAAACUGUGGAAAUAAGGUAUGAAGAUGUCCAAGGAGAAAUUCGUGAAAUAGUUGCACAAUUACUAGAUAAAGUCGAUAAAGUAGUUGAAAAAACAGUUGAUGAAGAUGUUAAAGAAACCGUUGAACAAGUAGCUAAAGAAGAUGUGCAAAAUGAAAUUAACGAAGAAGUUGAAAGAAAAUAUCAACAUAAACCAGUAGUUCAGGAAGAACUUCAUCGAGAAGGCGAAGAAGUAAAAGAAGAUUUAAUUUCAGUUAAACAAAUAAUUGGGGAAGGUCAUGAAAACUUUGAACGAAAAGGAGAGAAAGUUAAAGUGGUUAAAAAAGGUGUAACAGAAAUAGUUAAACAAGGAGUUAAAGAAGGAAUUCAAACAAAAGAUGAAGAGGAUGAACAAGAAGUCCAAAAAAAGUUACAACUAAAAGAGGAAGAAGGUAAGGAAAAAAAUGGAGAAUUUCAAAAUAAAGGAGACGAUGUUAAAGAAACAGUAGAAGUGGGCAACGAUCUUAGACGGGAAGUUCAAGAAGACUUUGAACGAAAAGGUGACAAAUUUAAAGGAAAAGAUGCAGAAAUAUCAGAAGAAGAUAUAGAUGAACAUAAAAUCUUUGUACAAAGAGAAGCUGGAGGAAAACUGUCGAUGAAAGGGAAAUAUACAGAUGAUGAGAAGGAUUCGGAAAUAUUACAAGAGAAAGCUAAAGAAUUUGCUUUAAAAGAUGAAGGUAAUAUUAAAAGUAAUAAAAAUAAAGGUUUAUUAAAAUGGGCACAUGUCAUUCUUACGCCAUUUAAGAAACUUUUAGAGAAAACAAAAAGAACAUUUGAUAAACUUAAGAAAAACAAAAUCCUUUUAAAAGAUGGAUUAAGUCAUAACAAAUCAGUGGAGAGUGCUGUAGAAGGAAAAAGUGAAUGGAAAGGUCAAGAACUUGAAGAAUACGGUCAAGUAGACGCUAAAGAAGAAGCUAAAGAUCACAGUGGAGAAGUUUUUGAAGAUGAUGUUAAAAAAGUUUUUGGUACAAAGAGAAACGAAAUUCAAGGACAAAUAAGUCAGGUUAUAGAUGUCGUUGAGAGAAAGGAUGAAGUUAAAGUAAAAGUAAUAGAUAACAUUAAAGAGAAUGCUGAAGAAAAAGUCGAUCUAAAAGGUGAAGAAUUUAAAGAAUUCAAAAAGGAGGUUAGAAACGAUAAUCAACGACAUGACGAAGAGGUUAGAGGAGAAGCAAAAGAAGUGGAAGAACUAAGAGGGGAAGUUAAAGAAGAACUUAAACAAAAAGCUAAAGGAGAAGUAAUUGGUAAAAUAAAAGAAGUUGGACAAGAAUUUGAAGUGGUUAAAAAUGAAGUUAAAGAAACAGGAAGAAUUUGUGAAAAAGAUAAGGAAAGAGUUCCAGAAGAAGUAAAAGAAGGAGGUUCAGUAGAAGUAGAAGAAUUUCAAGACAGGGAUAUUCCAAAAGACAUUGAAGAAGUGGUUAAUGAAAAUGUUCAAAACGAUAUUCAGAAAGAAGAUGAAAGAAGAGAUGUAGGGGAAUUCAACGAAGUAGUUCAAGGAAAAGUUCUAGAUGUUCCAGCUGCAUUAAAAGACGAUAUUCAAGAAGAUAUCCAAGAAGAAGUAAAACAAGACGUUGAAGAAGCAAUGAAAGAAUCCAAGGCUGUAUUUGCGUAUCUAUGUAAAUGGAUGCCAGGAGUGAGGGGGAAAUCUGAUGCCAUGGAUCUGUACAGAAGACUGGAAGCUAGACUCGCUGCUGAGGUGGAAGUCUACCGUGAAAUUGAAAGCGAUGGCUUGCUGUCCCAACUGAACCCACUGUACUGCUUUGAACAAUGCCGUAAUUGUAACGAGCCACAACGAAAGGCGUUGCAAGCUACGCUAUUGUUACCAGGAUUUAUGAAGUUUGAAAGACAAGUAAAAGAACGACCGGUGGAAGAAGAAGAACUUGUAGAAAAGAUACCAGAAGAACUACCAGCACCUUCACCGGAACAAGAACAAUUACCAGUACAAGAACCGACACAAGAAUCAGAAGAGGCAGAAGCAUUCAUAGAAAUAGAAGGAGAGAAAAAGAAACCAAGAGGAGAAGAAAAUGAGGAAGAAGAGGAGGAAGAGGAAGAAGAGGACGAGGAUGAUGAUCGAUUUUGUGGCCUUUUCUUUUGUACAGUGUCAACACAGACCGUGAAGAUAGAUAAGAAUGGAAACUUCAUAUUCACGAAGCAAGAGCAGAAAUAUUACCUCUUUCCGACCGUCAAGGACACCAUCUUCCGCAACACAGAGGGAGAAAAUAAAAUGGAGAUAAGUGCAGUGGAGCCACCUUUGACGCUCGUCGACGCUGCCGUCAGCGAUCGUGACGCGUACACCUUCGAGUCAAGAAUGAAGAUUUGUGCGCUAGGAACGGGUGAAGGCUUUGACACUUAUAAAGGAUCCCAAGACACGGGUAGAUACCACUCUUUUCAAAAGUCUCAAGACUCGGGUGAAGGCUUCUCUUUUAAAGGGUCGACUCAGCUGCCGUGCCGUCAAGUGGUGUGCGACCCGACGGACGAUUGCUUCACCGGCCCGAAAGGCUACGUCUGCGGCGCUCAUGACUACGACUUUUUGCCAGAAAUACCUUACAAGGAUCGUAUCACUCUUGACGACAUACGGAAAGCUUACAAACGCCGCGACCAAGACCCGUGUCCAUGUUGUAAGAUGUACUAUCCAAAUCGGGCUAGAGAUGCCUUCGACCAAUGCCUCGCUGACAAGCAAGUUACUAUAUCACCGAAUAAAUCUCUAUGCGAGGAACUUUCCGCAGAAUCAGAGACGGAGAGUGAAAGCGAAGAAGAUACACAAGCAAUAGAUGAAGGAAAACAUUUUGAUGUAGAUACCACACAGCAAAAAGUUCCGAAUUCAAAUUACAUAUCACCUACGAUGAAUAAUAUGCCACCAAUGGCAAUGAUGGCACCACCAAUAAUGAUGCCAGCACCGUCAAGUGCUAUUAAAAAUUGCCAUGAAAGAUGUCCUUUCUUAAAAGACACCGUCAUAAACCAGCUAUCACAAUCUGACAAUAGAAUGAAGUUGAGUAAUAGUCACAUGGUACAAAUAAAAGGAUCAACUCCGUUUCUAUUUAUUAAUGAAACGAAUAUAGAAGAUUUAACCAAAAUAAUGGGAAGCGGUGAUAAGUUAGAUAAAAUAUCACCUGCUUCCAGCAAUCACAGUGAGGCUAAAUCUAACAUAAGUGAUACCAGUGUAUUUAGCUCACUGUUCAGUUGGAUUUUCAAUCAAAAGUCAAAUUUAAGUACAACUAAAGUUUCAAGAAUUAAACUGAAUUCAAGUAAGAAAAUGUCUGCAAAUGAAACGAAAAUAUCCUAUAACGGAACGGUUGAACAGGGAUCAUUUUUAAAACGAUCGAAAAUAUUUCCAAACGAAAAUACACACGAAAAAAAGGAAGUAACUGUAAAAAAUUCAGACGUUAGCGAACAAGAAGUACUUUCAGUACAGUACGCGAGUAAAAUUAGUGUAUCUGGUGUAACAAGUGAGUAG